AUGGCCACUCCCCCACUCAUUGAGAAGCAAGUAUAUCUGGCGCUCAAGGACAUUUUCAGCGAUGGUCCAACACCGCCUAGCACCGAGAAAAAGAUUCGCAAGAAGAUCAGGAAGCAUAAGGACGAAGCCAAGAUUGCUACUCUGAUUCAAAGAUAUGGAGUGGAUAGGAUCAACGCGGUAGCCUUCGCUCUGUCAGGAGACCAGAUCUUUGCUUCAACCGAGAAAGCGAGAACACGCUUUCCUGAUGUCUUUGGAGGUCUCUCUAAUCAGCCCAGUCCACCAAUUUCCCCCGUAUCUCAGACUGGAACGAACAGCGCAGCGGCUGUGCAGCCUGCAGUUACCGAGUCCAGCACUGCAGCAAGUAGUGUAGCAGCUGCACAACGUGUUGCAGGUACAUACAAUCCCGAAGAACUCAUGGGCAUCGGCGACAGGCUUAAAGCUAGGAAAGAGAGAGAGAAGAUCAAUAAUGCAACCUCGCACACGCAGCUGUUCGAUUCCGUAGCCUUGCCACUCUGGGAUCAGCACCGCAUCCUCGUCAGGGUUCAAUACACUCUCGAAAAAGCCUGCUUCGAUUUUGCGCAGGAGAGGCUAGUUGGGAUUUUGCAGCGAGAAGGCUGGGACUGCGCAGAGGCAGUCGAACUCAACCAAUGGGCCAGAACAUUACUAAUCUACCGAGACGAACUCAAAUUGGACGACAUGAAAGACGAUGUAGAGCCUCUGCCCGGUCUCAUGGAAUCGAUUAUCCAGCUCCGACAUAACGCCGUUCACCGCGUUCGCCUGUCUUCCAGUGGGCUCUUACAGCACCUUACCGAUGCUGUACUUCUUGCGCAGCUCUUACAUGACGACAAAUGCUGCAAAUUUCUCUCAAAUAUACGACAGAGAACUCACAAUGCUAUCGAAGAGCUGGUACGCAACAAGCAGUUACUAGAUGGGAGAUUAGCCGAUAUCAAGAGAGAGUUUGCUGCAAAGAGAGCUGAGCUCGAGCGCCAAGAAGCUGCGCUACUGGAGGCUGCGGUGAACGAGCACAAAAUACCUAUGGUCUCUGUCAGUGGAAGUUUGCACCGGCUGUCGGACGAUCAUGGUAGUAAUACUGAACAAGUACAUGCGCCAUGGCUACGUGUGUACGAUACCGAUCUACCCGAUGAUGGGUCUUCUGGACCUGAGGAUACUACCAGCCAAAGCCCGGAGAGCGAGGCCACCAAAGUGAUCGAUGACGAUGCAGACGUUGUCAGCUCACCGUCCAUGCAUCCUGUACCUACAACACCAGUCGACGAUGUCUUGCUGGAACCAGUCAUUCAUCCCGAGCAUCAAGAAGUCGAGAAAGAUGAGGACAAUGAUCUACCAAUAGUGGAGAUGAUUCCUAUAGAAGAGUCAAAGCUCGAAUAUCACGAGAGCGACCAGGAGCACCCCUUAGACCCUCCACCACUCGACCAAGAUGAUACAACCACAGACACUGAAGAAGCGAUGGAAGGACAUGGAAAGAGUCUGGAGAAAGCGGACGCAUCCGAUUGGGAAGACUCCGGGUUCCAGGAUAAUGAUGAAGAGAUCUUCUAUGAGCCAAGUACCAAUCUUGCGUUUGGUUGCGGGGACGGAGCUGUAAGCGACGCAUUAGAAGCACAUUACGAAUCACCUAUCGACGAUCAAAUCAGAAUCACACCCUGGAUCGAGGAUGGCAGCGAACUAAAGGGUUCUUAG